AUAUUCUAUAUUUCCUGUUAUCCCAGGGUGUAUAAAACAGUCCUUUUCAAGAUGUAUGGAAUAUCACAUGUUGCAUCGACACCAGGAGCAAGUUCAACAGUGUUUAAUGGAGAACAUAGACGCAGCCUUUCACAACGUAUUUUUCCAAGUUACGCUUGUGCCUUUUUGGUUGAUGACCCUGCCUAUGGGUGUUCCACAAAUUCUCUGACAGGCUCCUUUUCCACAUGUCGCCGCAGCCCUCGACUGCUUUCUAAUGGUUAUUACAUUUUGACAGAAGACAGUUUUCUGUCUGAUGAAGAGGGCAACAUAACACUGACACCACCCCAGACAAGUGUUACAUAUAAAGAGAAUUUAGUUCGUGUAUUCAGACGAAGGAAGAAAAUCCAUCGCUCUCUUGCCAGCUUGUUCAAUCUUGGUGCCUCAAGUUCAUGGCUCAGCAGCACCGUCCUCAGCAAUAUGGAUUCCUCCCAUGUAGAUGAUCUUUGGCCUGAUGGAUGCAAUAAGCUAGAAGCCAGUCAGAGUGAUAUUGGUGAUUCAGACUUUUCUUCUGAAUACAAUAGCCAUGUGCCACAAAGGCAAAUUCCAGCAUCUAAUGGAGCCUCUCACACCAAAGAUGAUGAGUUUCUUUGGCCUGAGAAAUCAUUUUGUGCUUCAAAAUCCUGCUCUCCAUUUAUGAUAAAUGCAAAUGAAGAGACUUCGGGCAAUGCAGAAUCCAGGACAGUGCGAAAAGUCCUUUCUCAGGUGGUUGCACUGAUCACGUGUUUAAUCAUUUCAAUAUGUACAAGAUAUUUUCUGGGAGGAUUGUCUGCCACUUUGUUGCUGAUAAUUUUAGUUUUUCUUUUGUCCCAAGAUGCUGCUGUGUCAUCUUUCUUCAAUCUUGACACAUCUUUCAGAACAACUAAGUUUUG